AUGGCGUCUCGUCGCCUACUUUCCACCUCACUAUGGAGGGCCACCCAGGCACCUCAAGCGGUCCCGCUCGCUGCCGCCGCCCGCUGGAGCUCCUCUAGCAGCUCGACCUCGGCCAUCGCAUACAAGGCACUUCGACGCCGCGCCGCUCCUCUCCCCGUCAGCGACAGCCCGCCGGCAUGGUCCGCCCAGGCCGCCGUCUCCAACAUCCUCUACGAGACGCCCUCCCCGUCGAUGGCUCCCCCGAAGCGCCAUAUCCUCAACUGCUUGGUCCAGAACGAGCCCGGUGUGCUGUCCCGCGUCUCCGGAAUUCUGGCUGCCCGCGGCUUCAACAUCGACUCGCUCGUUGUCUGUAGUACCGAGGUUGAGGAUCUCUCGCGCAUGACCAUUGUCCUGACCGGACAAGACGGCGUUGUCGAGCAGGCCCGCCGCCAAUUGGAGGAUCUCGUCCCCGUCUGGGCCGUCUUGGACUACACCAGCGCUGCUCUGGUCCAGCGUGAGCUUCUGCUUGCCAAGAUCAACAUCCUGGGACCCGAGUACUUCGAGGAGCUGUUGGCUCACCACCGUGAGAUCACGGCUGCCGACGUUGAACACCCCGAGGGCGCCAUCGAGUCGCAAAGCUUGGAGGAGAUCGCCAAGGACUUCCAUCCUAGCAAGUUGGCUGCUUCCCAGGCUCUCCGCCACAAGCACGAGCACUUGAAGUCCAUUACCUACUUCGCUCACCAGUUUGGUGGCAAGGUUCUGGACAUCAGCACCAACAGCUGUAUCGUAGAGAUUUCUGCUAAGCCCACGAGGAUCGACUCCUUCCUGAAGCUCAUCGGACCCUUCGGUAUUCUUGAGUCCGCCCGCACUGGCCUGAUGGCCCUGCCCCGUUCGCCGCUGUACGGCCCGAACGAGGAGACGAUUCUUAAGGAGGCGGAUGAGGUUGUUGACGCUAGCCAGCUUCCCCCUGGUUAA